GGACGGGGUAGGCUGGACAGUGCGCUCCGGAGUACAUUAUAUUAUUGUGGUUAGCAAUAAUUCCUUAGACCUCAGGAUAACAGUACCCGCUUGUUUGCUGACGAAUCCUUUCAGUUUCCAGGCCGUGCAAAUGGACCAGGUCAAAUCAUCAACCACCUAAAUGUCAGACAGGUACACUACCAGUGCUCGGUACAAAGAUGAUAUGGAGAAUUCCCCACUCAUCUCAGCCCAUUAAUCGUACUACGACGAAUCGAGCUUGAGCUAAGACUGCUGGCAAUCAAGAUGGACCAGGGUAUGGGCAUUUAUUUCAUCGAAAGAGCCUAGUCCUUUCCCCUCUUUAUUAUUAUUCAAAACGGUUGUCGAUGCUCUGCGAAUUGCUCGCCAAAAACGCAGUUACCCCCCCUCCCCCCCUGAACAAUGGCGCUGAUCGCCGGGUUCCUGAAAGAUGUCUAUGUCUGGUCGGGGAUCCUGGCGGCGUUGAUCAUUGUGGUGGUGACCAGCCUUUUUAGCGAAGUAGCAGAUGAGUUCUUCUAUAAGGGGGUUCCCAUAGUGGGGAAGGAGAAUGGCGAAGUCACGAACAAGAAGGCGAAGAUGCGCUUUUUGAUGUCUGCCAGGAGUUUGAUCAAGCAGGGAUUCGAUCAGGGCUAUUCCAGGUUUCAAAUCAUGGCUACUUUCCGACCUGUCAUCGUGCUGCAUCCUAAGUACAUGGAGGAACUCAAAAGCCAUCCCGAUCUGAGUUUCGAGGAGGCGAUGAACAAGGCGUUCUUCGGAGGAAAGUACCCAGGCUUUGAUGUUUUCGCGCCCAUUGACCAUGAAAAUAUCUUGUUGGACGUGGUGAGGGGCAACCUCACGCAAGCCCUGAACUCUCUUGCGAUCCCCCUUUCGAAGGAGACCGCUGCAUCGUUGGAGGGCACUUUCCCUCCUUCCAAAGAAUGGAAGCAAUAUAUUUUUGCCCAGCAAGUUCCCCUCUUGGUUGCUCGUAUUUCGUCGCUCGCCUUCCUCGGCACUAGAAUUUGCCGUAACAAGGACUGGCUGAAUGUAUCGGUGAAUUAUACCAUUGACUCGUUUAAUGCUGUGCGUGUUCUUCGGCUGUGGCCACCGUUUUUGCGGCCCAUAGUCCACUGGUUCCUGCCGGAGGUUCAAAAGCUGCGCGACCACCUGCGCGUGGCCCGUCAUAUCGUCCAGGAUGAAGUCGAGCAAAGGAAACUGAUCCGAGAAGGCAAGAUUCCUGAACCCGAACCUCCCAGAACCCAUCCGGAUGUGUUGGACUGGUUCCGGGAGACAGCAGCUGGCAGGCCGUUUGACUAUGCCUUGGGCCAGGUUGCGCUUUCGCUUGCUGCGAUCCACACCACAUCAUAUCUUCUUACGAGUGUCAUGUAUGAUCUAACGGCAAACCCCGAAUUCAUCGACGCACUGAGGGAGGAGAUUCGGAAGGUACUGCAAGAGGAUGGCGGGAUACAGAAGUCGAGCCUCAGUAAGAUGAAGCUCCUGGACAGUGUUUUAAAGGAGACGCUGCGACUGAACCCGACCGGCAUGACUGUCUUGCACCGUGUCGCAACCCGAAAUAUUACCCUCUCUGAUGGAGCCGUCCUUCCCAAGGGAGCGACAGUCGUCGUUUCCGGCCACUCUAUGCGCGAUGCGGCGAUCUACGAGGACCCAGAGACGUGGGACGGGUACCGAUUCCUCAGACUGCGCGAGCAACCGGGGAGCGAGCACCGGUAUCAGCUCGUGACGACCAGCAACCAGGACUUGGGGUUCGGCUGCGGCACGCACGUCUGUGCCGGGCGGUUCUUUGCCGCCAACGAGAUUAAGAUCAUUCUGAUCCACCUGCUGCUCAAAUACGACUGGAAGUUUGAAAAGGAGGACCAGGACCGACCACCGUCGAUCGAUAUCGGGACAGAGAUGAUGGCCAACCCGAUGGUUUCGAUGCUUUUCAAAUCCCGGGAGCCAGGAAUCGACUUGGCCAGUCUUGGGCUUUAGCUUCUGCUUCUUCUUCUUCUUCUCCUUCUUCUUCUCUUUUCUUCUUCAUCCUUUCUUCAUCUGUCCUGCUUCCUGCUUCCCUCUUCAUUUCUUUCCCUUUUCCUUUUUCCUGUCUCAUUUCACUGAGCUUCCACGCACUUUCCGGGCAUACAUUUGGCAUUUAAAUUGCUAUAUACCUACUGUUCGAGGCUAGCAGGUAUACAUAUUCUAAUACUGGAGGCAUAUUACACACAUUUGGCGAGUCCACUUUUACCAUGUACUACUUGGAAUGGCUCUAUCGAUCUACGAAUCAUCUACGCAUCUUUUUCUGCAGAAGGAUAUGCCCUUGGAAUCUAGAAUAGUUGAAUUAGGUAGGCAUACGCAUUCGAUUCAGCCGUCGAAUUGAUAGUACAAAAUAGGAACCCUCUUGUAGCGUGUAGAUAGAGAAUUAAAGAGCGAUG